AUGUUGGAAGCUACUGAGCAUGCUUCGGAAGCAGCAUGGAAAGCCCUUGUAAAUGAAGAUAGGCUGUUGUCAAGAAUCGAAACUCUUGAAGCUCAGCUAGCAACGUUUUCAAAAAACGCUACGCCAGACAAGCUUAGGGAGGAUAUUCUCACUCUAAUUGACGAUAAAGCUAAGUUUGAGGUGGCAUCCAAAGAGCACCUAAGAAGAGCGCAAGAGGAACGUGCCGAGUCAGCAUUAAGAUUAGCUGACAUUGAUCGAAGUCUAGUAUCCACUGAGGAAGAAUGCAAUCGGUUGCGUUCUCGGAUACAAACGCUGGAAGCCAAGUUAAGUGAGACUGUCAGUGCAUACGAAGCGAAGGUCAAUGAUUGUACUAACUCUCAAAUAGCUCUUGUCGAGACAGAAAGAAGGCUUGUGGCAGCUGAAGAGAAAGCGAGCACCGCCGAAUCUCGCCUUGGCGAGAUGGAGUCGAAAGCUCAACAUGAGCGUUCCGUGUCCUAUUUGGUUCGUCUUCUCGUGAACGCACUGAAUAACAAUCCAACCGUGAACGAAAACGAUCACUGGUUGGCAAUGCUAUAUGAAGUGCUUCGAGAACGAAAUAUCGGGGGCGACGCUGUUCCAGAAGCACCGGACCUCAAUGCACGUGAAGUGCUAAUUCGCGCCGAGAUGGAGUCAUACCUCAAGGACAAUCUUCAGCUCCAAGCUCGUGUGCGGGACUUGGAAUCCGAGCUUGCGAUUGCUGUAUCUCCGGUGUGUAUAGGAAAGCCUCAACUUGAGUUGGACAGUGCCCAAACAUUGGGCGUAUCUCCACCAGAAAAGCGAAACAACGCUCAGUCGACAGCUGCACCUACUGGCCACGCUGAACCACUCGUCCUGGAUAGGCUUCAAGAUACGGUUUUCAUCAUCUCCUUAGCACCUUUCCUUGCCAUAAUCUUGCUGAUGCUUGCACCGUUACAUGUGAGAUUCAUGCAGUACAUUAAGCAAGAUUAG